AGUCUGGAGUCGCACAAUUAUGAAAAAGCAACCUUCCGUUGGAGCUGCAGCCGAAGCGGAUCUCUCUCACGUCCACCGGGCUUUCCUUCCAAGGCUAACCGAGAGCCCCGCCGAUAGAUGGAUCAAAGCCACGACACGGCGCUUCCUGAGUCUCAACGGUGAAGAGAAUGUCCCAGAAACCCUGGAUAGAAAGCACUUUCACCAAGCGGGAAUGUGUGUACAUACUUCCAGUGUCAAAGGACCCCCACAGAUGCCUUCCAGGAUGCCAGAUUUGCCAACAGCUAGUCCGAUGCUGCUGUGGGCGGCUGGUGCGGCAGCAUGUUGGCUUCACGGCCAGCUUGGCCACAAAGUACUCGGACGUGAAGUUGGGUGAAAACCCCAACCUGUCCACGCCCGAGCUGGAGGAGUGGUCGGUGGAAAAACACACAGAGGCGAGCCCCACUGACGCCUAUGGUGUCAUCAAUUUCCAGGGAGGGUCUCACUCGUACAGAGCCAAGUAUGCGCGUCUGUCCCACGACUCGCGGCCGGAGAGCAUCCUGCGGCUGAUGCUGAAGGAGUGGCAUAUGGAGCUUCCUAAAAUCCUCAUCUCUGUCCAUGGAGGAGUUCAGAACUUUGAGCUGCACCCACGCAUCAAGCAGGUGGUGGGCAAGGGCCUCAUUAAAGCUGCAGUCACCACGGGGGCCUGGAUCCUCACCGGAGGGGUCAACACAGGUGCGGCGAAGCAUGUGGGAGACGCUCUCAAAGAACACUGUUCACGAUCAUCAAAGAAGAUUUGCACUAUCGGGAUCGCAGCCUGGGGAGUCAUCGAGAACCGGAACGACCUCAUUGGCAGAGACAUCAGCGCUCCGUAUCAGACGCUGCUCAACCCUCUCAGCAAACUAAACGUUCUCAACAAUCUGCAUUCCCACUUCCUCCUGGUGGACGAUGGGACAGUGGGCAGGUACGGCGCUGAGGUCCAACUGCGGCGGGACCUGGAGAAGCACAUCAACCUCCAAAGAAUACACGCACGAAUCGGUCAGGGUGUUCCUGUUGUGGCCCUGAUUUUCGAGGGGGGUCCCAAUGUGAUCCUGACCGUGCUGGAGUACCUUCAAGAGAGCCCUCCUGUCCCGGUGGUGGUGUGUGAGGGGACCGGCCGUGCUGCUGACAUUCUUGCCUACGUCCACAAGCAGACCGAGGAGGGCGGAAGUCUUCCUGAUGGAGUCGAGACUGACAUCAUCGCAACCAUCAAGAAAACCUUCAACUUCAGCCAGAGCGAUGCCAUCCAUCUCUUCCAGACUCUGAUGGAGUGCAUGAAAAGCAAAGAAUUGAUCACUGUGUUUCACAUCAGCUCCGACGAUCACCAGGACAUCGACGUGGCCAUUCUGAGGGCUUUACUCCAAGGCACAAACACGUCUGCCUUCGAUCAGCUGGUCCUGACUCUGGCCUGGGACCGGGUAGACAUUGCCAAGAAUCAUGUGUUUGUGUACGGACAGCAGCUCCUGGUGAGCUCUCUGGAGCAAGCGAUGCUCGAUGCCCUCGUGAUGGACCGGGUGGAUUUUGUCAAGUUGCUCAUAGAGAACGGUGUGAGCAUGCACCGGUUUCUGACCAUCAGUCGGCUGGAGGAGCUCUACAACACGAAACAACAUCCCAACAACCCAACUCUCCUCCACCUGGUUAGAGAUGUUAAACAGAGUCAUCUGCCUCCAAACUAUAAGAUCACUUUGAUUGAUGUGGGCCUGGUUAUUGAGUACCUGAUGGGCGGGACUUACAGGUGCAACUACACCAGGAAGCGCUUCAGAAUCAUUUACAACAAUCUCCACGGCAACAAUAGGAGGUCGGGGCGCCACACAGCUGGUCCUGGUUCUCAUUUGAGGAAAAGUCACGAGUCUUUUAGCAUGCAGGCCGACAAGAAGGAGAAGACGAGGCACAACCACUUCAUCAAAACUGCACAGCCAUACAAACCCAAGCUUGAGUCUUCGAUCGAGCAGAACAAAAAGAGAAGCAAAGAAGAGAUCGUGGACAUAGACGACCCAGAGACCCGGCGGUUUCCCUACCCUUUCAAUGAGCUGCUGGUGUGGGCCGUGCUGCUGAAGAGGCAGAAGAUGUCGCUCUUCUUCUGGCAGCAUGGCGAGGAGAACAUGGCAAAGGCACUGGUAGCCUGUAAGCUUUUUCGAUCCAUGGGCUACGAGGCCAAGAAGAGCGACGUGGUGGACGACACUUCGGAAGAGCUCAAGGAGUACUCAAAUGAGUUUGGGACGUUAGCGGUGGACCUGCUGGAGGAGUCGUUCAGGCAGGAUGAGACCAUGGCCAUGAAGCUGCUCACCUACGAGCUGAAGAACUGGAGCAACUCCACAUGUUUGAAGUUGGCCGUCUCCUCCCACCUGCGGCCCUUUGUGGCUCACACCUGCACCCAGUUUCUGUUGUCAGACAUGUGGAUGGGACGGCUAAACAUGCGCAAGAACUCCUGGUACAAGGUGAUUCUGAGUAUCUUGGUGCCUCCUGCCAUCCUACUGUUGGAGUACAAAUCCAAGGCUGAGAUGGCUCACAUCCCUCAGAGUCAGGACGACCACCAGAUCACCAUGGAGGACAGCGAACACAACUUCCAGAACAUCGCUGAAGACAUCCAAAUGGAUGUGUUCAAGGAGGCCAGAUCCAACGACCAGGUGGAGACGAAGAGUGACAUGGACACACUAAUUCGCUCCAGGAAGCUGCCACUAACCAGGAAGAUUUACGCCUUCUACCACGCGCCCAUUGUCAAGUUCUGGUCCAACACGCUCUUCUACCUAGGCUUCUUGAUGUUCUACUCGUAUGUGGUCCUGGUGAGAAUGCCUGAAUGGCCUUCUCCUCAAGAGUGGGUGGUCAUCCUCUACAUUUUCACUUCUGCCAUUGAGAAAAUUCGAGAGAUGUUUAUGUCUGAAGCAGGCAAAAUAAGCCAGAAGAUAAAGGUGUGGUUCAGUGACUAUUUCAAUGUGUCCGACUUCCUGGCCAUUGUGACCUUCUUUAUCGGCUUCGGCCUGAGAUUGGCCGGAGGCGAAGCCUUCGUCCCCGGGAGGACGGUGUACUGUCUCAACAUCAUCUUCUGGUACGUGCGACUCCUGGAUAUCCUGGCUGUCAACCAGCAAGCUGGACCGUACGUCAUGAUGAUCGCUAAAAUGGUGGCCAACAUGUUUUAUAUUGUGGUAAUAAUGGCUAUAGUCCUGCUGAGCUACGGUGUACCCAGGAAAGCCAUUCUGUAUCCAGAAGAGGAGCCCAGCUGGUCGCUGGCCAAAGAUGUGGUGUUCCAGCCGUACUGGAUGAUGUACGGGGAAGUGUAUGCUUAUGAAAUCGAUGUGUGUGCCAAUAACACUGAAGAAUCAAUAAGGUCCCUGUGUAAGGCAGGAGUAUGGCUGACUCCUCUCCUACAAGCAGUCUACCUCUUUGUACAGUACAUACUAAUGGUCAACCUCCUCAUCGCCUUCUUCAACAAUGUGUAUCUGCAAGUGAAGUCCAUUUCUAAUUUGGUAUGGAAGUACCAGCGCUACCACUUCAUUAUGGCCUACCAUGAGAAGCCUGUCCUCCCCCCCCCCUUCAUCCUCCUCUGCCAUAUCUACUCCCUCUUCUGUAUGUGUAGGAAGAGGAAGAAGGAGCACACCUACGGACCAAAGCUGUUUCUCACGGAGGAAGACCAAAAGAAGCUUCAUGACUUCGAGGAGCAGUGUGUGGAGACGUACUUCCAUGAAAAGGAUGAUCAGUUUCAUUCGGGGAGUGAGGAGCGUAUACGUCUUACCUCAGAAAGGGUUGAGACCAUGUGUAUGCAGCUGAGGGAGGUUGGGAACAAGGUCAACUUUAUAAAGCGCUCUCUGCACACUCUGGACUCGCAGAUCGGCCACCUGCAGGACCUCUCGGCUCUGACUGUGGACACCCUGAAGACCCUCACUGCUCAGAAGGCGUCCGAGGCCAGCAAGGUCCACAAUCAGAUCACCCGGGAGCUCAGCCUCUCUAAGAACGUCGUCCCCAACAUCGGCCCUGUGGCAACAGACACUGGCCCCCACUCUAAAUCAUCCGUGAUAGGCAAACACAGUGUGGGGCUGGACCCUAACAUGAACCCAGCGUUGAGUCCAGAGAGGAGGGGAUUGUUUGGGCUUGGGCACUUUGCUGCAGAGGCUAGCUCCUCAGGCAGUGUCGGCUCCAGUGCCUUUGUCCAAAGUGCUGUGGCCGUUUCCCCUCCGGAGCUGCGUCUCCGAGGCCACUCUCUCACCCGGAGUAUGCUGACCCGUCCACAAGAGCCGGGCCUUUCCGACUCUCCAUCCAGCCUGCCCAAUGUGCCCUCACCAGGGGCUCAGUUCCACAUCAGCAGCACCCCAUCCCAGCCCAGUGGCUCCAGCCACCCAGAACUCGCCCUAGCUAGGCUUUACCAGCCAGACAGCACCACUGUAGAGUUUGGGGCGUUUGUGGGACAUAAAGAUGCUUUGGACCCACAGCUCUCCACACCCAAAGACAGCUCCAGCUCCAGCAGACAGCAAAGCCCAGUGACACAGACCAGAUCGCAGGUGAAUGUGUGUGCCCAGCCUGAAGGUCACGGUAACAUCAGAACAGUCAACUCCUACGCUGGCUUCACAGAGUUUGACAAAGACCCGGUUUUCCUCCAUCCUGAUUCCAAUCUGUCGAAGAAGGAGUGGAGCAGAGUGUCAGCUGAAGACAUUCUCAGCCACGAGGACCCCCGGGCUGCAAUACUGGAAAGAGUUCAGGUCAAAUCUGCCCAAGCCAGCAGCCUACGAGCCCCUGGGGAAGAUGUACCAAAUGCAGCUGCAGUUUCUCUCUUCACGCCUCGACACAGCCACCUGGGAGCCAGAAAGGACUCGAUUGGCUCACCGUUCAAGCCCGUGGAAAGCUACAUGUACUCAGCUGUUGAGCGCAACAACUUGAUGAGGCUGUCGCAGAGUAUCCCCUUCACCCCUGUGCCCCCUAGAGGGGAGCCGGUGACGGUGUACCGCCUGGAGGAGAGCUCCCCAAACACCAUCAACAACAGCAUGUCUUCCUGGGCCCAGCGGGGCCUCUGUGCCAAAAUAGAGUUUCUCAGCAAGGAGGAGAUGGGCGGCGGCCUCAGACGGGCCCUCAAGGUGCUCUGCACUUGGUCAGAGUACGACAUCCUGAAACCAGGACAUUUGUAUAUAGUCAAAUCCUUCCUUCCAGAGGUGGUCCAAACCUGGCAGAGCAUCUACAAGGAGGACACCGUGCUGCACCUUUGUCUCAGGGAAAUUCAACAACAACGAGCUGCUCAGAAGAUGACGUUUGCCUUUAACCAAAUCAGGCCGAAGACGAUUCCUUAUUCGCCGAGGUUUCUGGAGGUGUUUCUGCUCUACUGUCACUCUGCCGGACAGUGGUUUGCUAUAGAAGAGUGCAUUACUGGGGAGUUCAGGAAGUUUAACAACAACAACGGCGAUGAGAUCGUCCCCACCAACCUGCUGGAGGAAACCAUGCUGGCCUUCAGCCACUGGAGCUACGAGUACACCCGCGGAGAGCUGCUGGUGCUCGACCUGCAGGGGGUUGGGGAGAUUCUGACUGAUCCAUCAGUUAUUACGAGCGGUGAGAAGGGAUCCUAUGAUAUGAUAUUUGGACCUGCCAACUUGGGGGAUGAUGCCAUUAGGAACUUCCGAGCAAGGCACCACUGCAACUCCUGCUGUCGGAAACUCAAACUUCCAGAUAUAAAGCGGAACGAUUACACGCCAGAUAAGGUGACGUUCCCACAAGAAGACCCUCCCAACCCGGGGGGCGGAGUCAAGGAGUCCCGCCAAUCAAUGAGGCUGAUGCUCUGAGCGGUUUGAGGACGUUUCUUUUUUUUUUUUUUUUGUCAAAGCCAAGGAGCAGAGAGGCGCGCCCAAUCAACUGGAAGAAUCACACCCGUUCCCAUGGGAACCAGUGCAUGCAGACAUGUUUUUCUUGAUCCCGCCAAAAUGCUGUGUCGAACACAAUUCAACCACGUUAACCUUUUUGUGUUUUUCUUUUUUUGGUAAAGAAUACACGAGGAAAAGAAGUUUUAAACAUAUUUUGUACAAGUUUAUGAAAAUAAAUAUAUAUAUAUAUAUAUAUAUAUGAAAUGGAUAUAUCGACAGGUACAAUAUCAUCGCAGAGGGUUUAUUAUUUAUUAAGAAGUUUGAGAAGUUGCCUUGUUUUAACAAAAGAGAAGAUCAAAGUGCAUCGUGCAUCUGUUACAGCAGCUUCAGAGACGCCGGCUGCUGAGACUCUGCAACACUGCGGUUUGCCACCAUCAUUUUUAUAAAUGUAUAAAGACUUGUAUCACUACUUUUUGUCUCUUAGUUAAUGAACGGAUAUACAUGAAUUUGAAAAUCUUGUAAAAUAUGGGCAGAUUGCAAUGCAACUUUUACAGAACAAUGUAUGUCAUUUUAUUGUAUUGAAAGUGUGUCCACCAAAAUAUUGCUGAUAGUUUUUAUUGUUACAAAGGUACUAUUGCUAUAUCUUUGUCAUCAACUAUUGUAUGAGCGAAUUACAAACUAGUGUAUCUUAUAGAUACUGUGACCUGGCAUGAGCUGAACAGAUUAAAAUAUUUUAUUCAGGGGAACUGACAGACGUAAGGGUAUUACUGUAUACAUUUUGUACUGGACAUCAUUUUAAACAAAUAAAAUGUUAAAAAGCUUUAGCAACAUC